GCCCUGCGCAAUCCCGCCCACAGCCGGGUCCCUAGCAGCUCAUCCCGGACGUCUGCGGCUUAAACCCGAGCUGGUGGACAUGGCGAACCAGGUUAUCAAGUGCAAGGCUGCAGUUGCCUGGGAGGCUGGAAAGCCUCUCUCCAUAGAGGAGAUAGAGGUAGCACCCCCAAAGGCUCAUGAAGUUCGAAUUAAGAUCAUCGCCACUGCGGUCUGCCAUACUGAUGCCUACACCCUGAGUGGAGCCGAUCCUGAGGGCUGUUUUCCAGUGAUCUUGGGACAUGAAGGUGCUGGCAUUGUGGAGAGUGUCGGUGAGGGAGUGACUAAGCUGAAGGCAGGUGAUACUGUCAUCCCACUUUACAUACCACAGUGCGGAGAAUGUAAAUUCUGUCUAAAUCCUAAAACCAACCUGUGCCAGAAGAUAAGAGUCACUCAAGGGAAAGGAUUAAUGCCAGAUGGUACUAGCAGAUUUACUUGCAAAGGAAAGACAAUUUUACAUUACAUGGGAACCAGCACAUUUUCUGAAUACACAGUUGUGGCUGAUAUCUCUGUUGCUAAAAUAGAUCCUUCAGCACCUUUGGAUAAAGUCUGCCUUCUUGGUUGUGGCAUUUCAACUGGUUAUGGUGCUGCUCUGAACACAGCCAAGGUGGAACCUGGCUCUACUUGUGCAGUCUUCGGCCUAGGAGGGGUUGGACUGGCAGUUAUUAUGGGCUGUAAAGUGGCUGGUGCAUCCCGGAUCAUUGGUGUGGACAUCAAUAAAGAUAAAUUUGCAAAGGCCAAAGAAUUUGGAGCCUCUGAGUGCAUUAAUCCCCAGGACUUCAAUAAGCCCAUCCAGGAAGUGCUCAUUGAAAUGACUGAUGGAGGAGUGGACUAUUCCUUUGAGUGUAUUGGUAACGUGAAGGUCAUGAGAGCAGCACUGGAGGCAUGCCACAAAGGCUGGGGUGUCAGUGUGGUGGUUGGAGUAGCGGGUUCAGGUGAAGAAAUUGCUACUCGUCCAUUCCAGCUGGUGACAGGACGCACGUGGAAAGGCACUGCCUUUGGAGGAUGGAAGAGUGUAGAAAGUAUCCCAAAGUUGGUAUCUGAAUACAUGUCCAAAAAGAUAAAAGUUGAUGAAUUUGUGACUGGAAAUUUGUCCUUCAGUCAAAUUAAUGAAGCCUUUGAACUGAUGCAUUCAGGGAAGAGCAUUCGAACUGUCGUAAAGAUUUAAAUUCAAGAGAAAACUCUGUCCAACCCGCACCUAAGCCUUUUGAUCUGAGAGAGCAGCGUGACUGGCAGAGAGAUGACUAGCUUCUUAGACCUUUAACUAUCCUAGGAGAUAGUGGCAUCAGUACACAUGUGAUUCCUAAGUCUCUAAUCAAGGACAAAGCUAACAGUCACAAAUCUGUAACUACUAACUCAGUAAGGAAUAUUUUAAUAAAAGUUACUUCUGUGUUUGUAUGUGGUCUUCUUAUGGCUUCUCACCCCAUUAUUUUCAUUCUAUAAGGAAAGGUAGAAGAAACUGGGCAAUGCUGCCUUUUCUUUUUUUGAAACUAUCUAAUUCAGGCUAGCCUUCAAAUCAUGAUCCUUUUGCAUCUGCCUCCCUCUGCUGGGUAUG